UAAGCAAAAAAAAAAAAAAACGUUUCGAUUGUAAAGUUCGAUAGUUAAAAAGUGUCUGUGGUUAACUUACAUAAGUUUUCUUUCGGUAUUUAUUUAAUUUUACAAAAACUACUGGUUUUUUUUUUAAUUACGCAAAAAUAUAAUGCGUUCUCGAAGUAAUUCUGGAGCAUGCUUAGAUCACUAUCAACGCAUAGUGCAUCGCCUAAUUAUGUCACAUCAAGAACCAGUGACGGGUUUAUUUCCGGCUUCCAACAUAAAUUCACAUGCUUGGAUCAGAGAUAAUGUUUACUGUAUUUUGGCAGUAUGGGGUCUUUCAAUGGCUUAUAAAAAGAUAGCCGAUCAAGAUGAAGAUCGCGCUAAAUGCUAUGAAUUGGAACAAAGUUGUGUGAAAUUAAUGCGUGGCUUAUUAAUGGCUAUGAUGAAUCAAAAAGAUAAAGUAGAAAAAUUCAAAAUCACACAAAAUCCCCUAGAUUCAUUGCAUGCCAAGUAUUCGAGUAAGAACGGUCAGCCGGUGGUAGGCGAUAGCGAAUGGGGUCAUUUACAGAUAGAUGCCGUUUCUUUGUAUCUGUUGGUUUUGGCUCAAAUGACAGCAUCCGGUUUACAAAUUGUAUUUUCUUUGGAUGAGGUUUCGUUUAUACAAAAUUUAGUAUUUUAUAUUGAGUCCGCUUACUGUAUACCAGAUUAUGGUAUUUGGGAAAGGGGAGAUAAAACCAAUCAUGGUGAACCCGAAUUGAAUGCUAGUUCAAUAGGAAUGGCUAAAGCAGCAUUAGAAGCCAUGAAUGAAUUAGACUUAUUUGGUGCACGGGGUGGACCUGCCAGUGUCAUACAUGUGCUUGCUGAUGAAGCUCAUAAAUGUCAAGCUGUCUUACAAUCUAUGCUCCCGCGUGAGUCUAAUAGCAAAGAACUAGAUUCGGGUUUGUUGUGCGUAAUUGGUUUUCCAGCUUUUGCCGUCGAUGAUCCGCAAUUAAUACGCAAUACAAAGGAUGCUAUACUAUCAAGGCUAUUGGGUAAAUAUGGCUGCAAGCGAUUUCUCCGCGAUGGUUAUCGGACUCCCAAAGAAGAUCCGUCACGUUUGUAUUACGAGCGAUGGGAACUGCGUAUGUUUGAAAACAUUGAAUGCGAAUGGCCUUUGUUUUAUUGCUAUUUAAUAUUGUUUCACGCAUUCCAAAACAAUAAGUUGGCCGUUAAAGAAUAUGCUGAACGUCUGGAAAAAAUUAUGGUGCGUAGUGAAGACGGGAUUUUGCUGAUACCCGAAAGUUAUGCGGUGCCGCAAGAAGCAGUUUCUAAUGAAUACCAACAACCAGGCUCACAGGCAAGGGAAGUGGUGGGUCGUUGUCCUUUUCUGUGGGGACAAUCGCUAUUUAUUUUAGGCAGACUUUUACAAGAAGGCUUCCUGGCUGUUGGCGAACUAGAUCCUUUAAAUCGACGACUAGGUGCUCAAAAAAAACCUGAUGUUGUAGUGCAAGUGGUUAUCAUUGCCGAAGAUGUUACCAUACGUGAUAAAUUGGCUGAAUAUGAUUUACACGUUCAAACUAUAUCCGAAGUGGCUCCCAUAGAAGUUCAGCCAGCUCGAGUCCUAAGUCAUUUAUACACCUACUUAGGUCGCAAUCGAAAAUUGGGCUUAACCGGUCGUAAAUCACGAGAUGUUGGCAUUCUAAGCACCAGCAAAUUGUAUUCACUUAAGGACAGAAUAUUCGCCUUUACACCACAGCAUAUCGAUUAUGAAGAAUAUUAUACCACACGUGAUCCAGACUUGCUUGCAAGUAACUUCACCACGAAUUUAGCCUUCCUAACAAACAAUUGGCGUCAUAUGUUAGGAAGACCCACAAUUACCUUAAUGGCCACGCAUUACAUGCUAGAUCAAGAUAAAAUACCUUUGGCUAUGAUACAAACAAUGCGUAAAUUGAAAUCCGGUUACAUUAAUGGCACACGCGUAAUGUUGGGAAAUUUAAAAGAUUUUCUAAAUACAUCGGCCAUUACUGAUUUCAGUUUCCUGGGCAGUACUGAGGACGGUUAUCCCGAUCGCCUACAUACCGAUAUUCAAACUUAUUUAGAUGAACAUCUGUUAAGAUCAUUUAGUUACCGUAAUGCAAUGAAUUUACGCGGCAGCCAAUUUAGGCCGACACAUUUGCGAAGACGGAUGUCUUGCAAAGGAGCUAUUAAGAAAACCCGAUCCAUAAAUGUGGAUUCGGACACUUUGGGUAUGGAAGGCCCGACACCAUUAACAGAAAGGCGUUUAUCGUCUGUGAUUCCACCACCUUGGUUACAGGCUAAUAAACAAACGCAUGUUAGCAUCUUUGGCAUAACGCCCGAAGAGGAACCUCCGGCCGCUAACAAUAGUAAGACUGGUGCAUUGAUACGCGAAAAUAUAUAUCCAAUUGGCCAUAAUCAUAGUCGUUCAGCGUUGGAAAGGCGCGCACAAAAUGUUCCUAAAACGUUGAUACAGCGUAAUCGUGCUGAUAAUAAUUUUGCUGAUACCGAAGUAGAAGAACUUGUAGCUAUGUUAAGAGAAGCGGAAAGCCUUGAAGAACAGGGGGACAUUUUGCAAUAUCUUGUUGAUACACAAGGUCUAGAUUUCAAUACGGCCGGCUUAGGAAUGAAACUCAAAACGUCAACAUCCGGCAUGGUGGAAGAAGGACGUGCGGUAACGGUACGCGAUUUGCUCAAAGGUCUCUAUGAGAAAGCAUGUCAGCAAAAAUUAUGGGGUUUAGUGCGGCACACUGCAGGAAUGUUAGGCAAACGCGUCGAAGAUUUAGCCAAGGCGGUCACCGAUUUACUAGUUCGUCAAAAACAAGUUACGGUUGGCAUGCCGCCACACAAUGAAUAUACUAUAACAGCUCCUCUGCCAGAAGCCGAUCUAAGGCAAUUAAUUCACGAUGCUUACGGUGAUGAUGAAAGUACUGCGAUGUUGACACAAGAAUUAAUGGUUUACUUAGCUAUGUUUAUACGAACUGAACCUCAGCUUUUUCAUGAAAUGUUGCGUUUACGCGUUGGUCUCAUAAUACAAGUAAUGGCUAAAGAAUUAUCCCGUACCUUAAACUGCGAUGGCGAGGCAGCUUCAGAACAUUUACUAAAUCUAUCACCAUUUGAAAUGAAAAAUCUUCUAUAUCAUAUAUUGAGUGGCAAAGAAUUUGCUGUUAGUAGUGUGGCUCGUGGCAAUCUUUCGAUUGUUAGUUGUAAAUCCAGUCGUGUUAGUAAAAAGAGUCAAAUCGGUUUGGCUGAUCCGGAAAGCGAAGAUGCAGUAAUAACUACAAUUGAUGAUCGCCAGGGUCAAUGGUUGCGUCGGCGUCGUUUAGACGGAGCUUUGAAUCGUGUACCACGUGAUUUUUACUCUCGCGUUUGGUCUGUGUUAGAGAAAUGUCAAGGUCUUGCUAUAGAGGGUAGAAUUUUACAACAGAGUUUAACGCAAGAAAUGACUCCGGGAGAAUUAAAAUUUGCUCUUGAAGUAGAAACGGCAUUAAAUCAAAUUCCUCAACCCGAGUAUCGGCAAUUGGUAGUUGAAGCAUUAAUGGUAUUAACGUUAAUGACGGAACAUAAUAUGGUGCCAAACUUGGGUGGAAUUAUUUAUGUUGAACAUUUAGUGCAUAAGGCCAAUCAAUUGUUUUUGGAGGAUCAGCGGAAAGUGCAAGGCGAUGCCACACUGUGUUGCGCUAAAUCUAAAGAUGGUAAAGAUCAAAAUCAGGCUUCAUCGGGUAUGCUGUUAUGCGGCGGAGCUGCCUAUAUAUGUCAACAUUUAUACGACAGCGCGCCCAGUGGCAGCUACGGUACCAUGACUUAUAUGGCUCGAUCUGUAGCCUUAGUUUUGGAUUGUAUACCUAAACAUGGUGAAAUAGAAUGCAGUAUCUCGUAAGCCAGAUGAUCCCUGGCUAAUGUUUAUAAUGUUAUUGUUUUAUAUGCUAUUUUUAAAUUUAUGUUCAAAUAUUUAUCGAAUAUUUUUGUUCGAUAAAAGAAACGGCCUCCUUACUCUAAGCGAAGCUGAGCUGUAACACUCUUUAUGAUUUCAUAGUGUAAUUUCCGGGAAUUUACUACACGGUAAACAUGCAAAUAAAUUUUUUUAAUUUUUAAAA